CCACAACAAUUUGGGGGCUCGUCCGGGAUCCACAGAUGACGUCCCUGGAUCGGAGGACCGCGGGCGGUUCCCUUCCAGACCCCGGGCCCAUCUAACAGAUUUAUCCAUUCACAGGUUAAAGACGCCCUACCCGAACCUGCAGAUACUGCUUGCCACCCAUUGCAGCCCGGUGAUCGGGUCUACCUUAAAGUGCACCAACGGAAAUCCUCCCUGGAACCUCGGUGGAAGGGCCCUCUCCAGGUGCUGUUGGUUACUCACACGGCGGUCAAGUGCCAAGGAUUCCCACGUUGGGUCCACGCCUCUCACUGCAAAAAGGUUGCCCCACCUUUGGAUCCCACUACGGCACCCUUCGUUCCUAAGGUUCAAAAUCAAGUCACUAAAAAGGACUAUAAUCCAGUAGGAAAUUCUUUAACACCUAAGCCCCAGGACGAGGAGCCAAGAUAUAAUCUCAGGAAAAGACUUUAACGGAGAAUUAGGAAAAGACUUAUUUCCAAUCUGUUAAGAGACUCAUUGCAAUGGCUGAUCCAAGAGCAAAAAUCAAAGAAUCAGCAAUGGUGCGAAAGUGGCUUAUGCCGUCCCUUUGGUUUAUUUGUGUAACUAUGUUUUUUUUAUUGCUUUUGAAUCUUCAUGAUACCCUUAUGUUUUUUUGGAUGUCAGGGAAAGUUAAUGCACCCGUUACCCCGAUCCCUAUAACAUCUUUAAGUCCCCCCUUACGAAAGACCAAACCGAUCUUGUACAAAACGAAACCAACCCCACCCACGAAGUCAUGUCCAGCCCCAGUAAAGAAAAGGAUAGCGCGGUCGCCUGAGGUGAGGAAGGGACUUACACCUUUGACCAUAAAAGAUAUAGAGAAUUGGCCCUGGUAUAAAAGACGCAAUAUAGUCCACUGGCAGGGGGGAACAUGUGGAAUAUAUUCUUGGGAAUGUGGUACCGAAUGGCUGGCAGGAUUUAUCCCACAAGCUGCACAUUGUACUAAGGGCCAAGUACCAUACCCAUGUCAAACUAUUCCCUACUUGUUAUCGGAACCUAAUCCUUCCUUUUCAACAGCCCCAACAAAACAAAUUGUUCCUACCCUCCAUCCCCGCCCCCACCAAGAACAGAACAUGACCUUUGACGAUUUUACAUGGCCUAGGCCCUCUUUUAUUAGCAAUUUAUUUUCUUAUUGUUCAACCAAAUUAAUUUUUUUUGCUCAAGGCCACCUUUACCAGCGGGUAAUAGAGUGGGAACCUUUGGGAACUGUACGUGUUCAUUCUAUUAACGUUUCUGUUUAUUAUGAUACCACACCCACAAAAACCGUUUCCUUUAUGCAACAGUGGGGAAAGGAUACAGAUGCAAUGUUAUUCCCUGGCCUGUGUCAAACCCUUAAUACCCAGGGUACCUUUUGUUUCCUAAUCACCCAAGUGACAGUAGAUGCUGUAACCACCCAUAGACGAUGUUCCACGCAAACCAAAUUUUUGUGCAAAGAAACUUUCCCUCUCACUGAAAAUAUUACAUGUACUCUUGUUCAAUUUACCCCUACACAUACUGUUAACGAGACCAUAUCUAAGCAGGAUGUACAAGUCCACCCCCAACAGUUGUGGUAUGAACCUUUGGAAACUACUGAUCCCGACUAUGGACUAUACUUAAUGCCACAUUAGGGACUAUUAGGUUUAUAUUGCCUUUGACUCAUUUUCAAAUUGCCACCAUUUAUCCUAAUUGUACCCGGGGGGCGGCCAUCCCACUAGUAUUACAACGUGUUUGGAUCCAUAAGUCUAGGAAAAGGAGGGAUCUUCCUAACGCAUUGUGGAAGGGGGCAAAUAGUGUUGCCUCCGCUUGGAGUGUCUAUAAGACCUAUCAACAUGACAAUAGAUUGGGACAAUUGGAACAAGCAGCGGGUUUUAUUACCGGGGCACAGAUCACUGGGGUCAAGGCCGGGGUUGGAGAACUACAUUUAAUCUCCACCCUUAGUGUCAUCACCCACGACAUGUUAAGCCAAAUGAUCCGGAGCGUUUCUGAAGCUGGGAAGGCAUCGCAGUGGGACCACGCAUGUGCAGAGGUACAAGAAUUCCUUAAUACCCAAUUAAAUUCUAUUCAAGAAGACCUCAAGCACCAAACUUGGCCCACUGCCCUUACAGAUACUUCGGGCGUGCCACCUGACUUAUGGCCAUGGAAACAUACAUGGAGAUUCUCAGGAUGGAAUUGCUUAAGCUCAUAUUGCUCCUUCCAGGCUUAUGGUCCUGUGAAAGGUGUUUGGGCCCCCACGUACCGCAUUCUCCCUGGACCUUGGGGAGGUUGCUUGUGGGACUGGGUAAUCCACCGAGAUGUGUGGGAAGUUAAGCCACCCCACGGCCCCAAUCGGUUUUUGCUCGGUGCCACGGAAAUAAGACCUGAUCUUUGGAUAGGAUUGGGUAAUUUGUGGACUUUAUGGCCUUUAGAACCGCCCCAAUUGCAGUGUAUUCGUAAGCUUAGCCCUGGAGAGAUUAUUACUAUACAUGAGCACAUAUGUUGGGCAGGUAGCGGAAACUUAACGAAUCUCACUCCCCAGCCCAUUAUCCAAGCCAAUAAUAGUUGCAUAAUAGUUAACUCAUUUCACUUAAGGGAUUCAAUUUUUAAUUUAAUUACUGACUCUGGCACGCAUGCAAUUUAUUGGCCGGCGGAAAAAAAAUAUCAACUUUCUUUGUCUUUUAUUAUUCCAGUUAAUUGGACUGCCCUAGUAUAUGAUCGAUUUUCCUCUUUAAUGUCUCUUUUACCACAAAUUCAACAAAUUUCUCAACUACAAGGGCGGAUUCACAUCCUUGAAAACAUGUACAACACUGAACUGCAUGCCUUUCAAACAACUCAUAGAGUUACAACUCUCUGUACAGACACAGAUAUCCUCUGUUUUAUUACUCAAAUUUUAUACUCCCGGACCCAUAGGUACAUUUUAUGGGGUCUCUUAGGCGGAUUGUUGUUGUGUUUUUGUCUUUGUUUUUGUUGUUUUUGUUGUCCCCGUUUAAUACCCAUUUUUUAUAAGCCCUCUCCCCGGGUGACCCUCGUUCCAUUGAGAGAAAUAGACCUUUGCCCCCCUAACUCCCUUCUUAACCUGAAUAUACCCCCCAUUGCUGAAAGUAAUUUUUUAGAGAACCUUCAGGAAAUUGAAGUUAUUAACCUAGACAUUCAGGACCUAAUGCAUAUUCAGGUUUAAAUGGGUUGAUGCCUAUGAAUAUAGGCAUCAAAAAGGAGGGAAUGAUAGGGAAAAUUUGCCCCCCCUGUCCAGCCUAGGUUAUUAUUUGCUUGCAGCAUUUAUUGUAUUAGGCCCAAAGGCCUAUAGUCUAGACAAAUGUUAUAUAUAAAGCCAAGGUUUGCAUUUUUGCUCUUAAAUGUUUAUCUGUAUAAAGGGCAUUCAGGGAAAAUAAGGAACCGAAAGAAGGAAAUAAGAUAGGAGUAUUCAGCUUGUUUUUGCUUUCUGUAUGAAUUUUAGCUGGCAUAAGUAACCGCAGAGUAAGGGUCUUAAGACUGGCAGACCACCAACGAAAACUGCCCAGAAACAAUGAAAGGAAAAACCAUAUAUGGAAGAAGAUUGCAGUAGCUUGCUUAUGUUAUAAGUGUUACUCCCA